AACGCAUGAAAUUCAUGAAUUUGUUUAAACGGGUGGAUAAUGUUUUCGGCUCUCUUUCUUCUCCUCGUCCUCAGCCAGAGAGAGCCGGCUGCUGCUGCGGCUUGAGGGCAAGCAGACUGCAGAAAUGUCCAGUCUUGGCCUCAAUUUUUGUUAUCCUCCGGGCAUCGGAGUCGCUAGGCCAAAGUCCGCCACGCCCUUCAUCACCUCUCAAUUCCAUCUCACAAAGGCUCUGUCCUCUUCCCGACUGCUCUUGUCCCCUUCCACCUCCAGUGCGCCGCAUCGGCUGCUUCCAGCGCCACCCAGCUCCAUCUCGACGGCUUCCACUGCGGCGGACGACGAGGAAGGCCUCCAGGAAGAGUUGGCGGAAGAGGAGGAGGACGGGGACCCGACUGUCGAGGUAAGGUUCCUCGAUCGGGCUACGGAGCCUGGGAGCAUCACGGAGUGGGAGCUGGAUUUCUGCUCCCGCCCUAUCCUCGACGACCGGGGUAAGAAGCUGUGGGAGCUCGUCGUCUGCGAUAGCACCCUGUCUCUCCAGUUCACUCGAUUCUUCCCCAACAACGUUAUCAACAGCGUAACCCUCAAGGAUGCCAUCGCCUCUAUCAGUGACAAGUUAGGCGUGCCCUUGCCUGAGAGGAUUCGGUUUUUUAGGUCACAGAUGCAAACAAUCAUAACGAGAGCUUGUAACGAGCUCGGAAUCAAACCAAUUCCUAGCAAGCGGUGUCUAUCACUUAUUUUAUGGCUUGAGGAGCGAUAUGAGACAGUGUAUACCCGCCAUCCUGGUUUUCAACAAGGAUCAAGGCCUCUAUUAACAUUAGACAAUCCAUUUCCUAUGGAACUUCCAGAUAACCUCUUUGGAGAAAAGUGGGCAUUUGUUCAAUUACCUUUCUCAGCUAUUGUUGAAGAAAUGUCAUCAUUUGAGACGAGGUAUGCCUUUGGAGGAAGCCUAGAUUUGGAACUGUUAGGGUUUGAAAUAGACGACAACACAUUGGUCCCUGGGCUCGCUGUUGCAUCUUCGCGCGCUAAACCUUUGGCAGCUUGGAUGAACGGCUUGGAGAUUUGUUCAGUGGAAGCAGAUAUUUCCCGGGCUUGCUUGAUUCUAUCAGUUGGGGUCUCUACCAGGUAUACCUAUGCUACCUAUCCUAAGAACGCAUCAACAACGAAGGAGGCAGAAGCUUGGGAAGCUGCAAAGAAGGCAUGUGGAGGCCUACACUUUCUUGCCAUCCAGGAGGAGUUAGAUUCAGAAGACUGCGUGGGGUUUUGGCUCCUGCUGGAUUUGCCUCCCCCACCAGUAUAGCAAGGUAAUGAUCUUGUUCUACUGUUGUCAAUGUUUUGCUGCUCUUCUCCUCUCUCCAUCUAUCUCUUUUAAUUUUUUUAAACAAUUUUUUAUUUGGUAAUUAAAGAAUGUAAUCUUUUGGUCUUCCUUC